GGUCAGAGUUUGAGAGACAGUACCAGGACCUGACGCAACAGCAUCAGGAGUUGGCAACGCUCCGCCGCACAGUGCAGAGCCACGAGGAUGCAACUCGGGCACUCAAUGCCCGAUUGCUGGACCUGGAACAGGCUGUACCAGGACCAACUGCUGGGGCUUCCAGCAGUGCACCCUCUAGCCGCCAACUGGAGGAACGCGUUGACCACAUCCUGGCAAUGCUCGGCGACAUUACCACCUUCGCUGCGCCGUCCACCAUCAGCACUCAGCUGCAUACCUUGAAGACCGAGGUCCAACAGCUGCAGUCGACGAACGCAGAUGGCAAUCAGAAGAUGCCAACUUUCCAACUGGAAAAGUUCAACGACUACACGCAGCAGGAUCCGACCCUCUGGUGGGAGGCAUUCACGAAGCAACUCAGGAUUCUGCUUGUCGCUAAGCACAAGUACAUCGGCGCCCUGUUCCUGAACUCAAAGGGCGGAUGCCAGACCUGGUUGACCCACCUGGCAACCUCCCACGACGUCGACGUACCGGACCUCAAGGACAAGAUCACAUGGGAAGAACUGACACGGCUGUGGAAGAAGCGGUUCAUCGUCGACGACGCGCCGGCACUCGCUAUCAACCGUUUGUUCACCAUGUCACAGGGCAACACUGCAACACGGGAUUGGCUCACAGAGUGGAAGAAGAUUGCGGCAGUGCCCAAGCUGGACCUGCCUUUCACUCAUCUCAGGCGUGAGUUCUACAACAGGUCCUGUGCUGCAUUGAGCCAGGCUCUUGGUGAUCGCGAGSAGUACGCCACCUUCGCCGAGAUUAUCGACAAGGCGCGAGAGAUCAUCAAGACCAACAGGUCAGCUGCACAGGAGAAAUCAACAUCAUGGCAGCCGACCUAUGUGGAGAAGGUACGAACCGGUCCGCGACAGCAGCACUUCGCUGCAGUCCAGCAAGACAGUGGGGAUAACCCAACAACCACUCCAGCAUCAAGUGACGGAGAUCAGGUGGCUGCUGUCCAGCCGCGAAGCACCAACAAGUCCCGCAACAAUGGGAAGGCGAAAUCCGCAUCGCAGGCCGGAAAUGGACAGCCAGGACAGUUUCCAUGGGUCAAGUUUGGCUUGACCAAGGCGGAGUACAAACUCGGGAAACUGAGCUUCGCGGAAUGUGAGGCGACUCCACCUUCCACUCCGCCAGAUUCGGCCGCCUUGCUAGCGGCCUCCUGCACAUCUGGGGAGGAUGCGAAUGUCGCAAGUCCUCGRUAUACUUACGAGGAUUAUGCUGUCCACUUGGUUCCACCGCUGGACCAACCACUCCACGUGCAACAGUCCACCUCAUGCACGGUUUCAUCACCAUCGGCAACCGAUUCGGCAGCUUCGCCGCAAUCUAUCGUCGGGGAUUCGACGUCAUGGUCAAGACUUGAUGAGCUCGACCCGUUGACGUUCACGGACUUCCAGUGGAUGCCCGUUCCCUCGACCGGACGAUUGCCGAAACCGCAUUGCAAUGUGCUCAUGGCACAAUUGCGGGACUACUUGCACACUGCAGUACCAGCUCCGUUGAUGGACGUCGGAGUAGAGGUUGUCGACCUUCUCGCGUACAUCGCGAAGAUCGACCGCGAGUUCAAGACGCAACGGAUUGCUGCACCUAUGACGAGGUUACAAUCGCCAAAGGUGCCAUUCGUAUUCGAUGACGACGCACGCCGGUCAUUCCAAGCACUUAAGACGGCCAUGCUCAUGGCACCCGUCCUCAGCAUCUAUGACCCCACCUUGCCGACGAAAGUGACCACGGACGCUUCCGGCUAUGGCAUUGGGGCAGUCUUGGAACAGCACGACGGCGACGACUGGCACCCUGUGGAGUAUUUCAGCCACAAAGUGCCUCCCAUCAACUCGCUUGAUGAUGCAAGGAAGAAGGAGCUACUCGCGUUCGUCAUGGCUCUCAAGAGAUGGCGGCACUUCCUCCUUGGGCGUCGUAGGUUCACAAGGGUUACGGACAACAAUCCAUUGACCUACUACAAGAUGCAGGAUACGGUGAGCAGCACGAUCGGACGAUGGAUGUACUUCAUCGACCAGUUUGACUUCACACCGAAACAUCUACCCGGCCUCUCAAAUCGCGCAGCAGAUGCACUCUCGCGAAGACCAGAUCUUUGCGCUAUGACACAUCAUGCCUUCGCAUUCGACGAGGAGCUUCAGCGACACUUCAUCCGGGCAUAUGAGUCUGAUCCGGACUUCGGCACGCUCUAUGCACAGCUAUCUUCGGAUCACCCACCGACCAGCCAUUACCGCAUUGCCGACGGGUACUUGCUUCUCCACUCGAGAGGCAAGGACUUACAGUCAAUCCUCUGGACACCAGAGUAAUCAAUGCUGGCAGGGUCCAUUUGCUUUAGCCUGUUUUCAUUUUGUGUUCCAUCCUGUAAUGGGACGCUGGGCCCGUUUUCCAGCAGGUGAUGCYCCCCACYAAUAGAUGGAGCCUCUCCCCGGGUGCUAGUGGUGUCUGCUCUCACCAGCACCACUAGCAUUGCAGAGGGUGUGUUUUUCAACAAAAAAAAAAAAAAACUUUCAGACAACGUUAGAAGAUCUGGUAAACUGGUAUGGUGAUACAGUCAGGCAACAUCCACCACCUCCACGAUGCCGUGUCAAUAGAUCUGACUUGGACCUGACCAUCGAAGAAGAAAAUAAUAAAUAUAAAUGAAAUACAAAAAACGGU